UUUGCUACAUAAUGUGAUGUAUGUUUGACAGGACAUGGAGAAGUUUGCCCGUGACUCUGCAGAGAUGUGCCAACAGUUGGACCAGCUGGAACAUGCCGUGAACACACAGCUGUUAUCCGAUACCAUCGCCAUCGGAGACAAAUUCAUCUUCCAGUACAACCACUUCCGCAGGAAGGCUCGCACUAUUGCCGUGGAAACUAUAAAUUUUGGUAAAGAGCUGCUCGCAGACUUGCAGAAAUUCAUCGAGUCGGGGUUCGCGACGGACUAUUCCAAGCACACAGAGGACACUGUGGUUGCCGUAGCAACGGUGAAGAAGCAGCUUUCGGCGGUGGAGGGGCGAGAGAACAAACUUCUGGACCUGCUGGAGGAACAGAUCCGGGAGGAAGUGUACGGGAUGCAGCUGUCUGGGCUGGAGAAGGGCAGCAAGGAGGUUGUUGAGUGGAUCUUGGGUACAGGGCAGCAGAUGCUGGGGUCCAAUCACCGCAUCGGACAGAACCUCACCUCAGCAGAGUCAUACAGAAAAGAGCAUGAACAGAUCCAGCUUAGGUGUACGGAUGUUUUUGCGAAGUACUCUGAGCUGACGCACAAGGCUGAGCUGCUGCUCCAGGAGGGUUAUGGGGUGACAGACGACAUCAAGGCCCAGCGGGACUACAUGGACACGGUCUGCCGAAACUUCGCCUCUCGUAUGGAGCGGAGACGCAACCUGCUCGUGUCUUCUGUCAAGUUCCUCCGAGUGGCACAAGGGUUGUCCCGAGCCUUAGACAGCCUGCUAGAACAGGUGUUGAGUGACACGAUACCUGAAGACGUCCCAGCAGCACAGCGAGCGAUCGGCAGGAUACAGGAGUUUGGGGACAACGUGGAGAGAGAGUUUAAGGAAGUGAUGAAGGAAGGACAGAUCCUUAUGGACCUCCUUAGUGGCCUGGUGAAAGACGCGUUUGGGAAAGACGUGACUCCAGACCACACUCGAGACUUCCAACAUGUGAAGAACAAACUGGAGGAUCUAGAGAGAAGAAAACUCAGGUGUGACGAGCUUGGAGACGUGCGGAAACUGCGACUGCAGCAGAUUCUUCAGCUGCGCACCUGCGAGCGGGACGCAGAUCAGGCGGUCCAGUGGCUAGAGGAGCUGUGUGGAGUGAUGGUGAGGACGCACACAGAUGUGGGCAAAACUGCAGGGGAGGCUGGGAAACUGAAGGAGGAACACGACAAGUUCCAAUCAACUGCCAAGAGCACGUAUGACUACGGAAAGCAGCUUCUACAGGCUGCCUUGGUGCUGAGACGGUCGUGCCACUACAACUGCCAACCCAACCACCUCAAGGCAGUCAAACUGGAGAAGGCCUGGAACAAAUUCUCCAAGUGCUUGGACGAGCGAGCGUCAAGAUUGUUCAUCACACAUGACUUUCACAAGAAAGCUGACACGCUCCUGUUGGACAUGCGAAACCUGAUCCACAGCAUGCAGCUGGGCGCGGCAGCGGACUCGCUACAGGAGAGUGCAGCCAGCAUGAUCGUCAGAAGGAGGGAAGAGACGGAGGAGGAGUAUGAGGAGACGAUGAGGAUGGGGAACUCGCUCAUGGUCCGCCUGGCCAUGCCCAUCAUGGACCAGACAAGUGCACACAAGGUUGCGGAGGACACGAGGGAAGCCAUCGACCUUGUGCAGAAGAAGCAGAAGCAGCUGGACGUGCGGAAGAAGGAGACAGAAGACGUCUGGAAGCAGCACCAGAAGAGACUCGAGGCUCCGCUCAAGAUCAGGCAGCUUCACCGAGAAAUGAAGCAGUCGUUACAAGACAUCCAGCUGAGAAUAGCAGACGCCAUGCCGGGGUUACUCGAGGUCGGACGGAGCUUGGAGGAGGCAAAACGCCUCAAGAAGCAACACGAAGACUUAAUGGGAAAACUUAAGGGUAAACAAGGACACGUAAACGAGCUGUUGCACCAGGCAGACAACGUGGUCAUCAAUAAGGAGCCUGACCUGGACGUUUACGAAGCCAUGGCCGAGUCACUCGGUGAGGCUUGGAAGGACCUGAAUGCUCAGCUGGAGGAUAGAAGACUUUUGCUUGAUGCUGCCAUACUCUUCCACGAAAGUGUUAAACAGUUCACAGACAAGUUGAAUGUUGCCCACCGGCUGUUUAGUCCGCUCACACUGCCGCAGGAUGUGGACAUCAUCAGGAUGCAGCUGCAGAAACACCAUCAGACCAAAAAAGAAAUUCUGGAGGCCUCUAUGGAGACGAUGAACCGAGGACAGGUGUUGCUUGACCGUAUGCAGGACAUGGGAUCUCACCUGGACAGCAAGCACGCCACGACCGCCGCGUGUUACGGCGUGGAACACAUGCUGGAGAACCUGCACGACAGACGCAGGCACAUGGAGGAGGUCUGGGCACUGCAGAAACUCAGGCUGGAGAAGUCACUGCAGCUCUGUAUAUGGAAACAGGAGGUCAACGAUGUGACAGCCUUCUACAAGAGCCAGGGUGAGAGCUACAUGAACGCUAGUAACCUGGGAGAGAAUGCCCCGGCCACACAGAUACUCAUCGACCUGCACAGAGAAAUCACAGACAAGGCCAAGCCGAUGUACGACCAGGUGAAGAGACUGCUGCGGGUGGCGGAGAGUUUCAUCGUGGGGGGUCACUACGACUCGCCCACCAUCCAGUCCAUGGCAGGAAACCUGCAUGUGCAGUGGGAGACCUUCAUGGACAGACUGGACAGAAGAACCAAGUACCUACAGAUGGCAUUCGACUUCUACACUCGGGCAGGGGAGGCUGUGAAGAGGCUAGAGCAGAUUGACAUGCAGCUGUCAGCACACUCCCGGCAGGCAGAGUCCACGGCCAAGCUCGCCAUGCUGCACGCUUCGCUCGCUCAGGAGAUCCUUGAGACCGUCUCACCCCCGCUCCACGAUGGGUACAUCCUCAUCGACCUGAUUGGUCGAGGGAAGCCGCAGCUCGCAGGCAUAGAGCAGAAGGUGGAUGAGCUGGAGGGUUGGAAGAAGGACCUGGAGGAGAGAUGUCAGGCACACCUGGAGGACGCUCAGCAGAAGGGAGAAAUGUUCCUGGUCUUUCAGGAGAGACAUGCACAUCUGUUCACCUGGCUGACAGGUGUGGUAGACACCUUUCUAGCCAUGCAUGCAGACAUGGGCACCAUCCUUCCAGCUGCCUUGGAGUUCCUGUCCAACCAUGAGCGACUGGAGAAAGACAUGAAGGUUCGAGACGAUCCCCAGUUGGACACAGAGCGAGCUGUGUUGUGUGUAGAGACGCUCCUUGAGCACUUUGGGGAGAGAAAACGGACGAUCCAGGACCAGCGAACCAGCUGGCAGCAGAAACUUCAGGCAGAGGAGCAGUUCAAACAAGACUGGCUACGCUUCAUGGAAGAAGUCAAGAAGCUGGCGAAUGAGAUGGAUGACCUGGAUGAGCUGCUGAAGAGGACGCCGACAGACGGUACCAAGGGCCUGGAGAUCGCCAUCCAUCGUCAUGAUGACCAGUGGAAGGAGGUUCGGGAGGCCUUCACAGUGAUGGAGAGGAAAGGGCGAGAAUUCUUGUCUGAAGUCAAACUGGUCAGUUUUUGCUUAAAACGGACGAUCCAGGACCAGCGAACCAGCUGGCAGCAGAAACUUCAGGCAGAGGAGCAGUUCAAACAAGACUGGCUACGCUUCAUGGAAGAAGUCAAGAAGACUAUUGAGUGGAUUGUGAGCCUCGAGAGGGAGAUUUUCCCCACCAGUGGAGCCGACCUGGGAACUAACCUGGAGGAUGCCGUCGACCUGCAGGACAAACUUAGGAAGUUCAUGCCUACAGCUGAGAAAACCAGUGAUGUAGUGGAGGGCCAUGUGAAGACGGCUGAGAUGCUGGCGGCACGAGGAGAGACUGGUCCACAGAAGGACUCCCUGAUCAUGGACCUGCUGAGAGUGCACCAGCGGUUCCAGGCCAGGCUGGCUGAGUACAUCCUACUGCUGGAGAUGGCCAUUGCCUUCUUCGACAACAUCAACAAGUUGAACAUGCUUAUUGACAAGGCUGACAAGGACUUCAAGCAAACAUCUCCACAAGAUGUCAAACAGGUUGAAGACUUCUUGAGACAGCAUGAGGCUGUGAAGAAAGACGUCUCCAAGGUCUUCAACCACACCACGGACAGUGGGGAGAGGAUUGUCUUAAGGGUCAGAGAAAACGAUGGUGUAGACGCAGCUCGAGUUACAGUAGAGCAGGCGCUAACCAUGCUGGACAUGAGACGGAUCCAGUGGUUAAAGGAAUGGGAUGACCACAGAAGACGGCUGGAGCAGGGCAUCAAGAUGUGCCAACUACUGAAAGACAUAGAAAAGCUGCGAGAGCAGUUGUCUGAACUGGUAGAUGGACUACAGGAGUUCCAGGGCCAGCUGAAGGAAGCCAAGACAUCCCACACCAUCAGUAUCAUCAUGCAGAAGUUUGAGGACUUCACAAGCCAAGUCACGACCUUCAGGUACCGUUUUGAGGGUCUGAGUGGACAGGUGGACGAAGCCCUGAAGGAGGGAUGGGACAACCUGGCACCUCUGCUGAGUAAGCGGAAAGAGCUCCGAGACCAAUGGCAGCGGUUCAUGCAGGAGUUCGACGCAUUCGGAACUCGACUUCCACUGGCACAUCAGCUGUUCACCAACAUGCAGGAGGAGUUCGACGCUUUCGGAACCCGACUUCCGCUGGCGCAUCAGCUGUUUACCAACAUGCAGGAGAUCGAGGCAUGGCUUGUGGAGACGACUAAGAUGUUAUUUGAGCUUGAGCAGCAGGCUAAGGCUGUGAAGACAAAAGAAGAAGCCAAGGCGCUCUUACCCCCAGUCGAGCAGAAGGCUAAGGAGGCGGAGAUGCAGGAAGGGAGAUGCCGCUACGUCUCAGAACUCUCUGUCAGGGUUCAUGGUAAGGAUGAGGGAGAGAAGGCGACACGUCACGUUGUGGUUCAGUUCCACGAGGUGCGAGAGACCAUCACCUACGUUCGCACCGAGAUCAAGACCAAGAUACAGACCCUCCCCUCCAAACACGACCUCGACAUGAAGCCGCAGAUAGAAGUCAUCAAGAAAGUGGAGACUCCGACCCAGUUUGCUCUCCUGUCCCCCCCUCCCCCCAAGAAGAAAAUUGUUCCUCCUUCCUUUACGCAGAAGCUCACGUCUGCUGUAGUGGACGAAGGGAGCCCGUUCAGGUUUGAGUGUCGUGUGGAGGGUGAUCCCACCCCAGCCAUCACCUGGUACAAAGACAACGACAACAUCGCUUCAUCCUCCAUCUACGAAACUGCCUUCAUCAACAAUGUGGCUUCUCUUACCAUUGCUGAGGUAUUUGUAGAAGAUGAGGCUCGGUACAUGUGUAAGGCCAGCAACCCUGGAGGGCAGGCCAUCUGCAGCGCCAAACUCACUGUUAAAGCCUUGGAUACAGAGCCCCCACCCCAGCCUCCGAUCUUGAACAUGAACCUGCAGGACAUCCAGGUGAUGGAGGGGGAGGAGAUCACGCUGGUCGUCAAGGUAACGGCCUACCCGCAGCCGGACGUGUACUGGUUCUGCGACGGACAGCCGGUCAAGGAGUCCAGUGGAGUCAGGAUUGUCCUCCAAGGUGUCGACACUUUCUCACUGGUCAUCAAGGAAGCCUUCCCAGAGGAUUCUGGGAUGUACUCCGUCCUGGCGAAGAACGCACACGGAGAGGCUCAUGGGAGCUGCAAGGUCACAGUUGAGAGAUACGCUGAGACCACGGACACAGAAGUGAUGUCUGAUAGCGAGUAUGUUGCUCCGACCGUGUACGAGACACUGAAGGACAGAGAUGUGCUGGAGGGCAGCAAAAUCAGGAUGGACUGUGUCAUCAUCGGAACUCCUGAACCAGAGAUAAUCUGGUACUUUAAGGACAAGCCUCUGAAGGAGUCUCACAACAAGAUGCUGCUGUUUGAAGGAGACAAGUGUUCGUUAGUGAUUAACGAGGCUCGUUACUCUGACCGUGGAGAGUACAAGUGUGUGGCCAUCAACCCUGCAGGGAAGGCUGAGACUGCCAUGACUCUGGAGGUGGAGCCACUGCCAGCAACAGAUGGUUACCUUACUGAUGAGAGCAAGAUGGCCCCCAAGAAACCAGACAUCCCCCCGGUGUUUGUGCAGAACUUUGAGGAGAGAAUAUACUAUGAGGGAGCGGAGGCCAGGCUGACGUGUCGUGUGCAGGGCAGGCCGGCUCCUACAGUAACAUGGUACAAAGAUGACGUCCAGGUUGUCCCUACGGACCACAUCCGGAUCGUGCAGAUCGGGGACACGCACAGCGUGAUGUUUAAGCAUGUGGGAGAGGAGGACUACGGGAUCUACAUGUGCGUCGCGGUGAACCGGGCGGGGUCAGUGUCGCGAUGCGGACACGUCAGUCUAAAAGGUCCAGGAAUGGAACCACCCAGGUUCACCCAGGAGCUUGCGGAUGCACGCGGCGUUGAGGGGACCCCCGUGGGACUCGUCUGCCGCGUCACCGGCAAGCCCGAACCCUCCGUCGUGUUCUACCGCGACGGCAACGUAAUUCACGAAAGUGAAGACUUUAAGAUUGUUAUACAAGGAGACCUCUGUUCACUGCUUAUACCCGAGGUUCUGGUGCAGGAUGAGGGGAAAUACAUGGCACGGGCCGUCAACCCUGCCGGGGAGGCUACAACUGCUGCUGUGCUGAGGGUGGAAGGAGAGGCUCGACCCCCGACCUUCAUCAAGAAACUGGACAAACAGCUCAAGGUCAAAGAAGGCCGAGUUGUGAUGCUGGAGGUCAUGGUGGACGGCUGUCCCAAACCCAAGGUGAAGUGGUUUAUGGAUGAAGAGCCGGUGAUGUCGCAGGACUAUGACAUCAUCGUGGAUGGCGGCCGCCACGCCCUGACGAUUAAGGAGGUGUUCGAUGAAGACGCCGGAGUCUUUAAGUGUCGCGCCAAGAACUCCCAAGGAGAAGUCACCUGUACCUGUCAGCUGUCCGUCGUUCCACCUUCCAGUGAUGAGGAAAGGGAGAGAGCAGAAGCAUCUGUUGUGCAGCAGCCAGUGGUGCAACCAACUGUGCAACCAGUAGUGCAACCAGCUGUGCAACCUGUUCUAGUAGAGGAACCACCCAUGGAAGUCGAAAGAGUACCAGAGCCGCCAAUCAUAAGAAACAUGGAACCGCCAAAGUUCGUCCAACCAAUCCGAAGCAUCGCUGUUGUUGAGGGCAAGCGAGCAGAGUUUGAAGGACUUGUCACAGGUGACCCCCAGCCAGAGGUUACUUGGUACAAAGAUGGGCAGGACUGUACCCAGAAUCCCGACUUCGAGAUCGCGUACAUCGAGGGGCAUGCGAAACUCGUGAUCCAAGAAGUCUUCGACGAGGAUGCUGGAAAAUACACCUGCAAGGCCAAGAACCAGGCCGGAACGGCCGCCUCCACAGCUGAACUUGUGGUCAAGGCCGUGACGGAGCCACCAGACUUUACGCAGCGCCUGCAGAGCAUGCAGGUGAACGAGGGCGCCGAGGUGAGACUCGAGGUCCGCAUCUCCGGCGUGCCAACGCCCGAGAUCAAAUGGUUCCGCGAGGGUGCCGAGAUACAGACAUCACAUGACUUUCAGAUCAUACGUGAGGGGGAUCUGUCAGCUCUGGUGAUCCGCGAGGCCUUCUCAGAGGAUUCUGGGAAGUUCAGCGUCAUGGCAUCCAACAGCGUGGGCCGAGCCACCUCUGCUGCACAUCUCGUCAUUACAGCUGCUGAAGAAUCAGUAGCCAUGGAAGCUACCACAACAGAACAAGUCCAAAUCACACAAGCACAGACACAAGCACAACAGAUGGAUCUCGGAUCUGGGUACGAACCUGGAGUGACCGAGGUGAGAGAAGCUGUUGUCAGCGCCGCGGCCAGAAGGGUCGUAGGCGGGGUACAGUACGGAGAACAAACCGUCUCCGCACAGCAAGUUGCCGUGGCCGAGGAAGAGCAAAGACGUGCGAUUCAAACGUCAGAGCAGCAGGUCACUGUAACAGAGCAACAAAUGAUGCAAGCUUCUAGCACUACUAGUAUGACCAGUAUGCAGGCAACAAGUAUGCAGGCUUCUAGUAUGACUAGUACAACUGAGCAGCACACAGUAACACAGCAACAAGAAACGCAAGCGGCCGCGUCAGCCGCGGCCUCACGCCAAGUGAGCAGCGGCGUGACCAUCACCCGCGAAACACGGGAAGUUGGCGCCGCCGUGACCAGAGUGUCACAAGAGACCUCCGUGAAAACUGCGCAGCGCCGCACGGAAAGGGUCGUGACCCGCGACCUGGCCUCCGAGAAGGUCGUCUCCGCCAUCGACACCACGCCGAUCGAGUGGAACGGCAAGAAGAAGCCGCCCACCGUCGCCAAGAAGGUCCGCACCUUCACCCCUGAGGAGCUGGAGGAAAUCCGAUCCCAGCGGGAGGAGGGGAUGGUGACCUUCCAGGUGGAGGGCGGAGAGAUGCUGAGGACCCAGGCCAAGGGGAAAGUCAUCUCUGCGAUCGAGAAGUCCCCCAUCCAAUGGGAGAUUCGCAGGAUGCAGGAAGAGAAGAGGAGGAAGGAAGAGGAAGAGAGGAGAGCAGCAGAAGCAGCUGCAGCUGCUGCAGUAGAAGUUGUGGAGGUGCAGAUGGAAGUAGAAGAAGCACAGGCACCUCCGCCGGCCCCACCUGCUGAGCCAGAGGCCAUGGAGACGGGAAUCUCACAGCCCGUCUUCCAGAAGCAAGCAGGCCAACAGCAGAUUUACCAACAAACGCACGGGAAGGACCCCAUGCAGCAAGUGCACCAAAUGAGAGCCAUGCAGCAACAGGUGCAAAACAUGCAGCAGCAACAACAGCAACUGCAGCCACACCAAAUGCAACAAAUGCUACAAUUGCAACAACAGCAACACCAAAUGCAACAACAACAGCAUCAGAUGCAGCAUCAGGUGCAGUCCACGCAGCACCUGCAGCAGCCUGUCUUCACCAUGCAGCAGGUGGAGGGGCUACAGCAGAUGGCACCCGUACGCACAGUGCAGCAGCUUCCAGGAAUGCAGCAGCAAGUUACUGGAAUGCAGCAAGUUCCCGGAACGCAGCAGCAACACAUUGUGUACCAGCAACAGCAUGCAACAGUACGCCACAACCCCGGGACGCAGCCAACACACUUCACCAACACGACCGGUUACACCACCGGCUACACCCCCGCACACGUGCUGGGGGAACAGAUGCAGCCGGCGCUAGCAGCCAUCCACCCGGCCUCGGUGAUCCACAUGGGCCAUGCGAAGGAGCGUGUGUACAAGGCCCACCCGGAGGAGGUGAUGGGGAGCCCGGGGCAGCGGCGCCGCGCUCUGAUCCAGCUACACGAGGGAAUCCACGCAGACUUUGACGCUUGCAUCCCGUACUUCCCCAAGGCCCUGUCAGACAUCUCAGCAGAGGAAGGGGAAUGUGUCAUUUUUGAGUGCCUCGUCCUCGGCGAGCCGCGCCCACAUGUCAAGUGGUUCCGCGAAGGCGCCGAGAUCGAGAGCUCCCCAGACUUCACCAUUUCUCAGGAGGGUGACGUCGCACGGCUGGUGAUCUCCGAGGUGUUCAUCGACGAUGCCGGGAAGUUCACCUGCACCGCGCUCAACGAGGCGGGGAGCAGGUCUUGCUACUGCUUCCUGCAUGUCAACGCUGCAGUGGGCAUCGAGGUGCCACCUCCACCACCACCGCCACCAAAAGUCGAAGAGGGACCACAUGAUUUUGUAGUAGAUAGUACCAAGGGCAUCUCCAAGCCGACCUUCACGGCCAGGCUCAUGCCCUGCAAGUAUGUCGAAGGUCAGACCGUGAUCUUCAAGAUUCCGGUGGACGGAAACCCCCGCCCCGAAAUCUCCUGGACUUUCAACGGAGUCAAGCUCAAGUCCGGUGUCAGACACAUGAUUAGUUAUGAGAUGGGAUUUGCCAUGCUGUCCAUCUCCAUGCUGCUGCCUGAGGACUGUGGUGAAUACGCUGUCACGGCCAGCAGCCCCUCCGGACAGGCCACACAGAAAGCUCGCCUCAUGACUGAAGCUGAGUAUGAGAUGUGGCUGCGUGAGGAGGAGGAGAAGGCAAAGAAGGCCCAGCGCAUCUCCCUGGUUACUGAGAUGGAGGAGAAGUUCUCUGCAUCCGAGACUGAGGGCGAGGCCGUCAUCAAACCCAGCGAAGCUGGACUCACACGCAAAGCAGGCAUUGCUGAAGCCCGCAUCAUCGAGUCCAAGAUCUCGAUGGAGGGGUACGGCGAGUACCUGGAGGCGAAGAAGAGCGGCGCCAGCCCGGAGCGCGGCCCCCGCGCCCGUUCCCGGUCUCCGCGCCGAGACACGACAGAACCCGGCGUGAAGGAGAAACACUUCCGCCCACAGAUUGUUCAGCGUCCGGAGGACCUGGAGGUCAUCGAGGGUCAGAUGGCAAGGUUUGACCUGAAGGUGUCAGGCCGCCCCCCUCCCGACAUCCAGUGGUUCCUCAACGGACAACCUGUACUAGACGACGCCACACAUAAGGCUGUGGUUAAUGAGGGCGGUAUCCGGUCCCUGCUGAUCAUCCCGGCCACGCCAGACGACUCGGGAGAGUACACCUGUGUCGCCGUGAACCGCGCCGGGAAGGCAUCGUUCACUGUCAGACUCAACGUUGUCCCGCGAGUGAUCGGUGAGCGUCCUGAGUUCCUGCAGCGUAUCCAGAACGUGCAGGUGCAGGAGGGAGCGCCCGCAGAGAUGCGCACCCGCAUCCACGGUGUGCCCUACCCACAGAUCGCAUGGCAGAAGGACGGAUACACCAUCUCUGAGAGACCUGGACUCAGGAUGAUGAACCAGGACGGGAUGGUGUCGCUGAUGUUUGACCUGACAGACAAGGAGGACGACGGCUGGUACACGGCCGUGGCCUUUAACAGCGCCGGGACCGUGGCAACGCGAUGCAAACUCACCGUCAUCCCAACACUGAAGAAGGCUGAACCACCGCAGAGGCUGGUCGUCGCCAAGUCCAAGAGGACCGCAGAGUUCAAGAGAGAGGAGGUGACAGCCAUCUCCAAGUUUGGCGAGGAGACUGUUGACGAGGAAGACUUGUACGACAAGACGCGUAAACAGCGUCCCGUCUUUAAGACGAAGAUCAGCCCAGUGAACCUGGAGGGGAUGGGGCGCGCUCACUUCGAGUGUCGUCUGGUCCCCAUCGGAGACCCCAACAUGAAGGUGGAGUGGCUCAACAACGGACAGCCCAUCGAAGCAGCCAACCGUCUGCAGUAUGUGAACGAGUUUGGCUUUGUGAGCAUGGACUACCUGGUGGCCUACCCACGUGACACCGGCAUCAUCACAUGCAGGGCAACCAAUCAGCACGGAGAGGCCGAAACUUCCUCACGUCUGGUUGUUAAAGAUGUCCCUGGUAAGAUUGAGGAGACCCAGCUGCCUGAAGGCAUGCGAGGCAUCAGCAAACUCACAGAGUACGAGAGGAAACUCAGAGAAUCGACCAUGCGUACGUACGUAGACGAGGCAGAGCCAGAGUUUGAGAAGGCUCCGCCGGAGAUCGUGAUGCCACCUGAAGGCUGCCGCGUGGUGGAGGGGGAACAGGCCAAGUUCCACUGCCGCAUCACCGGCCACCCUCAGCCGAAAGUACGCUGGUACCUCAACGGGACCAUCAUCAGGAAGAGCAAGCGCUUCCGUGUUUGGUACGACGGAAUUUUCCACUUCGAGAUCCCGGAGUGCAAGACUCUGUAUGCCGGAGAGGUCAAGGUGGUGGCUGAAAACAGCCAGGGCACAGCCGAGACGGUCGUGCCACUCGAGGUACAGCUCAAAGAGGACUACAGGACCAUCCUGAAGACUCCUCCUAAAACCGCAGCUGACCCUGACCUUCGGCGCUACCACCGCCUGAAGGGCCGGGAGGAGAUCACCAUCAAGCGCGAUCGCUCGCCAGGGUUCGAGAUGCCCAAACUCAAGAAGGUCGAGAAAGUAUCCAAAGAGAAGAGUGAAGCAGAGCUUGCCUCAGUGGAACUGCAGAAGAAGUUCCAGAAGAGGUUUGAGCCCGGCUACUACGAGAAGCUGGCCGGCAUGGAGCUCAAGGGAAUCACCAAGGAAGAAAUCAAAAUUGAGGCCAAGCCCCUGAAGAAGCGAGAAGUGGCUGUGGAGGCCGCGCCCACCCGGGCCGCCCCGCCGCCCGAGAAAAAACCGAAGAAGGAACCAGGCAUGGAGGAACCCAAGUUCAUCCAGAAGUUACAGAACCAGAAACUGAAACCUGGCGAGCAGUGCAGAUUUGAAGCGAGGGUUUCCGGCAAGCCCGAGCCUCGCGUCAGCUGGUUCAAGAACGGCGCUGAGAUCACGGCCAGCGAGCGGAUCCAGAUCUCCCGCGACGGAUCCACCUGCGUGCUCUCCAUCCCGAAUCCGGAUCACGAGGAUUCCGGGACGUACGUCUGCAAGGCUGACAACGCGGCAGGAACGGCUUCAUGCACUGCCUUCCUGCUUGUGCCAAAGGUGGUUGAGUUAGGCUUCACCCGAGACCUGACAGACGUGACUGCACAGGAGCGCGACGCCACCGCCGUGUUCGAGGCCGACGUCAACCAGGAGUUCACCAAACCUCGCUGGUACAAGGAUGGUCAGGAGAUCACCAUGGGAGACAAGUAUCAGCAGCAGGUGAUGCGUAAGUGCCUGAUGCUGGUUGUGCGAAACGUGACACUGCAGGAUGCUGGUCAGUACACCUGCCAGGUGGAGAAGGCCACGUCUUCAGCCACUCUCACCGUUACAGGCCUUCCGCUGGAGGUUAAGAAACCCCUCCAGAACAUGGAAGCCAUGGAAACCGGCGCCGUGACCUUCGAGAUCGAGCUCAGCCAGGACGACCUUGAGCACCAGUGGUUCCACAACGGUGUGGCGCUGGCCAACUCCGACCGUGUCCAGAUCAAAUUACACCGACACUUCUUCUACCGACUGACCUUGAAGGACCUUGCGUUUGAGGACGCCGGGGAGUACAAGUUCAAGUGUCGUGAUGUGACGGCGACGGCUCAGUUGGUCGUCACAGAGCGCCCCCUAGAGGUGACACGAUCACUGCAGCCGGUUACGUGCUACGAAACUGAGACUGCCAGCUUCGAGGUUGAGAUUUCCCACGAGGGUAUUGAGGUGCAGUGGCAGCGGAAGGGCAGCGUGCUUGCCCCGAGCGACCGCGUAACCAUCGAGGUGUCGGGCUGCGUGCACAGGCUCACCAUCUCCAACGUGUCUCAGAGCGACGCGGGCGAAUAUGCCGUCGUCAUCGGAGACUUCAGACAGACCACACAACUCACCGUGGAAAUUCGUAAGCUUGAGUUCACCAGGCCUCUGCAGAACAUCAAGAUCUUUGAGAAGCAGACGGCAACCUUCGAGGUGGAGAUCAACUUCUCAGGAGUGGAUGUGCAGUGGCUCAAGAAUGGCGAGGCGAUUGCGCCCAGCGACAAGUUCCGUGUGCACGCCGACCAGAAGGUGCACAGACUGGAAAUUCUCAACGUCACCGUGGACGACUCUGGAGAGUACAGCUUCGUCGCCUUGGAUACCAAAGCCACGGCAACGCUCUAUGUUGACAUUGCCACCUCUGAACCAGCAGCGAAACAUGUGGAGUUUAUCCGUAAGAUCUACGAGCCUGUCCGCUGCUCGCCCGGAGAAACCGCCACCUUCGAGCUGGAAAUCUCAGAGGAGGACGUGGAGGGACAGUGGUUCCGCAACGAGGUGACCCUGUCGACCAGUGAUAAGUACCGGUUUGAGCAGGUGGGCGGAGUCAGGAGGCUGUACAUCUCCAACGUGUCCCUCGAGGACCAGGGAGACUACUCGUUUGUCGCUAACGACGCUCAGACCAGCGUCACUCUUUAUGUUGAAGUGAAAUACGUUGAGUUCCGUCGCAAGCCGAUGGAGACCAUCACCGUCAAGCCCAACGAGGUCGCGACCUUCGAGUUUGAGGUCACCGACCAGUACAAGGACGUGGACGUCUCGUGGUACCGGAACGAGAUUCGUAUUGAGACCGGAGAGAAGUACAAGGUGGAACGCGAUCGCUGCGUACACCGUCUGCUCAUCGCCGACACAGAACAGGGAGACUCCGGAGAAUACGUCUUUGUGGCCGGAGAAACCAGAGAGGUUGUUACUCUCUAUGUUGAAGUUACAGUUGACGAGGAGACUCCCCUGCCUGAUAUCCAAAUCCGCUCCGCACCCCGAGAGCCGAUCCGCGUCGACCCGCAUGACACCGCGGUCCUCGAGAUCGAAAUCUCAGAGGAGGAUUACGACGCUCAGUGGCUGCAUAAGGACUUGAGGCUUGAGAUUAGCGACAAGUAUGUGAUCGAGCGGGACCGCUUCACGCAUCGGCUGCUGAUUUACGAUACGCUGCCGGAAGACGCCGGAGACUACGUGUUUGUUGCUGGGGAAACCAGACACGUCUUCACGAUUUACGUAGAGACUGCUCACGUUGAGAUGCAGCGUACCAUCGAGGCAUUCGAAGUCGUUGAGUACCAGACGGCGACACUCCAGUUCGAGAUUGACGAGGACGUGUCUGCCGUGCAGUGGCUACACAACGACAAGGAGAUAUACGCAGGAGAAAAGUACCAGAUGGAGUCUGAGAAACGUCUCCACAAACUGAGCAUCAUCAACAUCACCCAGGAUGAUGCUGGCAACUACACACUGGUGGCCGGGGAGGCACGCUACACAACCACGCUCAUCGUGAAACCGGCUGAGCUAGAGUUGGCAGCUCCCCAGUUCACCCAGACCCUGAAGAGUCACAUUGUGGAGGCGGGAGAACCUAUCCGCUUCCACGGCACCGUGUGUGGACACCCCCCGCCACAGAUCAGCUGGCUGAAGAAUGGCCAGCCGAUCGCAGAGGGCGACAAGUACAAGUUCGUAACCGACGGUAACACGCACACCCUCCUGGUCAUCAACGCCGCCAUCGAGGACAGCGCAGAGUACGCCUGCGUCGCUAGCAACGACGUCGGCAUGGCAACAAGCUCCGCCCAGCUCCUGGUCGAGGAGCAUGGAGUGGAGGAAGCGAUGGAGGAGGAGGUGCGGCCGCCCCGCAUCCUGGAGCCCAUUCAGGGUACCGAGACUCGUGAGGGAGAGGGAGCAGGCUUCACCUGCAGGAUCGAGGGAACCGAGGUGGACGUUACGUGGUACCGUAACGAUUCUCCCAUCAAGCCGUCCAAGUUCUUCCAGCUGAUGUCCGAGGGCGAGUACUAUGUCUUAAACAUCAGCGAGGCUUUCCCUGAAGACGCCGGAACCUACAAGGUCGUGGCGGUCAACCCGGCCGGAGAGGACCAGUGUGCCGCGGACCUGGCCGUGGAGAAAGCUGUCACAGAAGCAGUGAAACCUGCCCAGGUCUCACCUGCCUUCAUAAAAGACCUGCAAAACCAAACCACUCCUGAAGGAAGCUCCGCACGAUUCGAUUGCCGCAUCCAGGGCAAACCUGACCCCACUGUCACCUGGUACAAAAACGGUGCUGAACUUAAGGAAUCGUCCGACUUUAAGAUGUCGCGUCUUGGAGACGUGUACUCCUUAGUGAUUGUGGAGUGUCUGCCUGAAGACUCGGGGGUGAUUGUGUGCAAGGCUGUGAACCCAGCGGGGCAGGUGCAGAGCCAGGCACAGCUUACUGUACAAGUGGAUGAAACAGUGGUGGAGCAGGAAGUCACACAAGUCAUGCAGCAGGCACCAACAAUGGCUGCAGCACCGGGCCCAAAGACUAAAGAAACCGUGGACGGGCCGACAUCAGCUCCAAACUUUACACAAGCCCUGCAGGGCCAGACGGCUGUGCUAGGAGAGCGGGCAAAGUUUGAAGCUUUUGUAAACAUCUCUCCUGAUACAAAAAUUAUCUGGUUGCACAACGGUGUAGAGAUCAAGGGAGACCCGAGGCAUCUGAUUCAGGUAGACAGGAAGACAGGCCGAUGUGUCUUAAUCAUCACAAAGCUGCAAGUGUCGGAUUCUGGUGACUACACCUUACAGGUUCUGAACGCAUUGGGAGAGACGGCGUGCACAGCUCAACUUCUCUUCCAGGAGAAGCAGGUACAGCAACAGAGAGUGGAAGGAGACGGCCCGAACUUUACUAAGAUGCUGAGCGGCCAGGUUGUUGAAGAAGGCAGCACGGCUAGGAUGGAGGUUGGAGUUGGUGGUUCACCCGCACCCACUGUCUCCUGGCUCUUCAAUGGGGUAGAAAUCAAAGCUGACCAGAGAAGGAAAUUCAUCGCAGAUGCAAAGCAGCAACUUUAUGCGUUGGUGAUUGAGAAGGUGCAGCCGUCGGAUCAAGGAAACUACACAUGUAGAGCGAUGAAUAAAUUCGGCGAGGCCGGCUGCACUGGUCAGCUAUUCGUACAGCCGCCAGGGCAGAAGGUGAAGCUGGUACAAGGAGAGGCACCAAACUUCUUACAGAUGUUGGAAAGCAAGGCUGCAGAGGAGGGCAGCACGGCGAGACUGGAGAUUGUUGUGAGCGGAAAUCCGGAGCCGAAAGUAUCCUGGUAUCACAACGGGAAGGAAAUCAGGCCGGAUCAGAAGAGGCAGCUGCAGUACGACCAGGCGAGGCACCUCCACGCGUUGGUGAUACAGAAGGUACAGAGUGAGGAUGAUGGGGAGUACACUGUUAAGGUGAGGAACGACUUUGGAGAAGCUGCCUGUACGUCAAGCCUACACACGUACCCACCUGGUCAACAGGUGCAGUUAGUUCAUGGAGAGUCCCCAAACUUUGCACAGAUGUUAGAAAGCCAGGCUGUGGAGGAAGGAACUGUUGCAAAGCUGGAAAUUGUCACGAGUGGAACCCCAGAACCGACUGUGACAUGGCUGUUUGGAGGGGUGGAACUACAGGCGGAUGCAAGAAGGCAGAUCUCUGUGGACGCACGUUCUCACCGUCUGGUGAUUCAGCAAGUGCAGGAAGCGGAUUCCGGAGAGUACACGGCCAGAGUGCAGAAUGACUUCGGUAUUGCAGCGUGUACUGCACAGAUUCUGGUCUACCCUCGCGGACAGAAGGUCACCAUAGUGCAGGAGGGAGUGCAACACGUCAAGGGGCCUGGUCAAGCUACCCAGGUUGUACAGGGAGCUGGUCAAGCUACCCAGGUUGUACAAGGCCAAGCUGGUCAAACCUUCCAGGUUGCACAAGGUACAACCGGUCAAACAGUCCAGGUUGUACAGGGCCAAGCUGGUCAAACCUUCCAGGUUGCACCAGGCACAGCUGGUCAAACUGUGCAGGUUGUACAGGGCCAAGCUGGUCAAACCUUCCAGGUUGCACAAGGCCAAACUGCACAGGGUACAGCCAGCCAGGUUGUACAAGGGAAAGUCGGUUUGGAGGGCCUCUCGCAGAGCAUCAUAGCAGCAGGCCAGAGGGUUCAGGCUGCAAGAGGGACUCCACAGAGCGCAACAGGAGGGGACCAGGUAGUACAAGUGAUCCAGGGCCAGACUGUUCAGAGUGGGCAGGGCAUACAAGGAGGCCAAGUUACUGUGGUAGGAGGUGGCCAGGGAAUGAUGGUACAAGGAAGCCAAGGCACAAUGGUGGUACAAGGCGGUGGUACAAUGGUGCAAGGAGGCCAGGUCACCAUGGUACAAGGUGGCCAAGGAACGAUGGUACAGGGUGGUACCAUGGUGGUACAAGGCACGUCCCAACAAUCGCUCCAGGGGGAUCCGCCCAACUUUGGGAAGAUGCCCGACUCCCAGGCAGUGGAAGAGGGCGGCACAGCUAAGUUUGAGACCAUCGUCACUGGGAGUCCAGAACCUGAAGUAGCCUGGCUUCACAAUGGUCAGGAGUUAAAGUCAGACGGUCGUCGGCAGAUCAGCACAGACUCAGCAAACCACCACCACGUUCUGGUGAUACAGAAGUUAACAAAGGCUGAUGCUGGGAAGUACACAGCAAGAGUGGGGAACCAGUUUGGCGAAGCAGCCUGCACUGCAGAGCUACACGUUGUUCCUCGAGGCCAGAAGGUUAAGAUGGUGAAGGGAGAGUCCCCGAACUUUGCCAAAAUGCUGGACAGCCAGGCAGUGGAGGAUGGUGGUGCCGCAAGGUUUGAGGUGGUUGUCACGGGCAACCCGGAACCGACGGUUAUAUGGCAGUACAACGGCCAGGAGCUUGAACAAGACCAGCGCAGAGAAGUCAUCUGUAACAAGGCAAAAGGCCAGCAUGUGUUACUCAUCGAGAGUGUUCAACAGUCAGAUUCUGGGGACUACACGGCGAGGGUGAGAAACGACUUCGGAGAAGCCGCGUGCACCGCGCAACUUCUAGUCUACCCUCCUGGGCAGAAAGUCAAGCUCGUGACCGGUGAAUCGCCGAACUUUGCCAAGUUCCCAAGCAGCGUAGCUGUCGCAGACGGAGAGCCAGCGCGGUUUGACGCAGCUGUAACCGGCUCGCCGCUACCGAAGGUAACCUGGCUACACAUGGGGACAGAAAUCCAGUCAGACCAACGCAGAAAAGUCCUCUUCGACGAGUCAAAGAAAACAGCGAGCAUCGUGAUCAGCCAGGUACAACCGUCAGACGGGGGAGACUACACGUGCCAGCUGAACAACGACUAUGGACAAGCUGCCUGCACUGCCCAGCUUCUCGUAAAAGAAAAGUCGGGUGUAGAUGGUGUAGCACACACAGUUGGGGAUGACAGUGGGCCGUUCACGGAAACACAAGGAAUGCAGCCACUCGGUGGCAAAACUGCCAAAAUAGUUUGUGAAACACUGCAAACCAGUGGACUACAAGAGUACAAAUUGGCCAGCCAAGAACUAGGAGAUAAAAGUGAUGGAUUAAAGGAAGUCCAGAUUUCUGUGACUGUGAACAGAGAGACAAAGAGCAUUACGCUUGCACGGGGCGGUGAAGCCACCAUUGUGCAUAUAGAGGGGCAGAUGACAACACAGAACAUUGUCAAGCAGCUAGAGCAACAUGGAGAAACUCCAGAGGUUGCGACCGUACUCGGUCGAUAUGUGACGGAGGCACUGGUGGCAGAUAUCGAGAAAGUAGAGAUUACGUUUGAGAUGAAGCUACAAGUUCCAGACGUUCCCCCACAUUCGCUCACUCCCAAUGUUCCUGUUGAGCAAGAACGUGUUGACAUGCAUGUGGACAGGGACUCUCAAACUAUAGUUAUCACUCAGACAGAGGAUAACAAACAGGUUUUACAUACUGAAGAAGAGUUAACACCACAGCAUGUUCAGACAGAAGGGGAGGGGCAACAGUUAGCUGCAGGGAGUGAGAACUUGGAAAUCCUUGGUGAAAGUGAAGACGCAGAGAGUGUAGGUUCAGACAGGCAGCCUUUACUCUCCGAUAGGUCGAUCUCCGUCACAGACUCCAUGACAGAUGAUCAGUUGGUAGAGGAAGGUCGGUCAGAAACAGCUUCACCGAUGGAAGGUGUCCAAGAAGCUUCUCCAGACAUACCAGGGAUCGUCAUAAGCCAAGACGUAAGCAAGAAGGACGUCUCGGAAGAACAGGAAACAGUUAAACCCAAGAAGGUCAAGAAAACCAGAUCCUUCGAGAAGAAGGAGAAGAAGAAGAAACGGGGGGACAGCCCUGUCGCUCCCUGCUUCUCAACCAAACCGAAGAAAGUGAAAAUCAAGGAAGGAAAGUCUAUCCGCAUUGAGGCUGAAUGUGGGGGGAGCCCGGAGCCUGAAAUGUGUUGGUUUAAAUCCGGGCGGUUAGUGGAGACACAGAAGAGGGUCUCCAUAAGCCAGGAGGAGGGGAAAAGUGUGCUGGAGAUACACAAAGUGUCUUUGGAUGAUGAUGCCAUCUGGGUGUGCAAGGCUAUCAACACAGCAGGUCAAGCAGUCUUCAAGGUGGAUUUGGAAAUUGACUCUGAUGUCUCUGAUGAUGAGGGAAACAGCAAACCACGACCAAAACCCAAACCAGCCGAACCAGUUUCUCAAACCACAGAAAAGAAACCAGAAAAACAGCCUGCAGACUUCCACCCAGGUGCUCCCGAACCGCCUUCUUCCAAAUCAGACUUCAAGCAACAGAUGGAGAAGCAGGCUUCCAGGCUGCCAUCAAAGCUUCCCCGUGCUCCAAAACUCAUCAAGCAAGCUGCAGUCACCGAGGAGCUGGCCAAGAUUUCCGAGGAAUCCAGCGGCGUAGACAGCUCUUACGAGUACACCAUGACGCCAACGCUUGAGACCAUCCAGGAGUCGCCCAAACUUGCUCCAAAACUCAACCGUCCUGCGAUGCCACCAAGGCAGCCUUCUAUCAAACCGCCUGUGUUUAUACAGGACAUAGACAGCUGUUUAGUCUCAGAAGGCAGCAAAGUGAAUUUUAACGGUGAAGUUAUGGGCAACCCCCAGCCUGAUAUCACCUGGCUGUUUAACGAUGAGAAGUUGCCUGAGAGUAAAAGACACAAGGCUAUCUACUAUGACGAGGUAGUCAGGCUGACCAUACUGCAUGUGACUCAGAAGGACCAGGGCAUCUAUACCUGCAAGGCUGUUAACUUCUCAGGAGAGGCUGUGAGCAAGGCUAGGCUUACUGUGAAAGGUAGACGCACUUAGAACUACCAAUAUCUGCUUAGGCCACACCAAUUUUAUUUCUUGGU